AUGUCUCUCGCCGACGGCUAUAUGCUGCAGAUGGACGCUGCCGAUUGCGACAAACUUCAGGCUGCGCACCCCUCGCUUCAGCGAACGUUUGACCAGAUAUAUCAGGACAUCGCUGCGUUGACUCAGGAUAUGUGCCAGUGGGACGAUUGUUUCCGAACAGUCAUGACAGAGACGGGCUUCGCUGCAUGCGCGGACCGUCUCGACGCCAGGCCCUUCAGGGACCCUGCUGUUUUCGCACGCAAGCUCGCGCCGCUGUUUGAACUCCUCGAGAAUUACCUGGCCGCGCGCCUUGGAGUUCGUGAGGAUUGCGACCAGCUGUGCGGGGUGCUUGUCGAGAAGUGGCUAUCCUGCGCAGGUGGUCAGAUCCCCGGACACGAGGUUUUCGUCGAACUACGCAAGUACGAGGAGUUCCGCCAUCUCCUUUUUGACCAGAGCAUCGCUCAAGCCGAGGCUAUCGGCACAAUCAAGGGGCUCGUCGACAAUGCAGUCGAAUACUCCUCCACGCUCACCAGUGCCUCUUUCGCGGUUAUGCCCGUGGAGAAGUUUCACGCAUCGUUCCUCCGCUAUGACGAAAUGCGGGUCGCUUGCGAGCGUCUUAUCGAACGCUGCACGGCGGCUAAUAAGGCUAUGACCGAAUACGUGGUGGAGCUGGAGAAGGUGAAGGAUGCUAUGUGA